GGAAGCACCCGUGGCCGCUUCUCCCCCGCGAGCACCUUCUGUUCCCCCACCGAGACGAACGGCCGAGGCAUCCAGGGGUGGCUGCCAGCGAGCGCGGUCGCUGGAAGCCGGACGCGAGGUCCCCGCUGCGUCGCCCGGCUUUCGCGCACAGGAGGCUAGACUUUGGCUCCGAGAUGUUGGCUUUGGAAGCCGCAGAUCGUGCAAAGCUGGAAGCCAUUGCAUUCGCAGGCGACAGGGGAGAUCAAGUGUACACCCAUUUGAGCAUUGGUCCUGGACUGGCAUCGGUCCAGUAUCAGCUAGCUGGCCGAUGCCUGGUGACAUUGGCCGAUAGCAGUCAGCUUUACGAGUUCUACCAGACGGUUUCCAAAGCCAAUGCUGCAAAUGCUGACGACGAUACCGCACCUGCAGCUGCAGUGUCCUAUAAGGCCCUGGUCACCUGUCUUCACAACAUCAGUGAGGAGGACAUGAUCCCAAAAGAAGGCAACUUCCAGAUCUUUCAGGGCUGUCUUGGUCAGGGUGACACACUCUUCCUUCCGCCCGGCAUGAUCUCCGUCAAGAAGACUUUUCAAGGCAGUCCAACCACGGCCACUUUCCAAAGUCCCUACCAUCAACGUGCCGCCGAUGGCGACCAUGGCGUCGUGGUCGUGAUUGUCGGGGUUGUCCUCGCGGUCGGGAUGUUCGUCGUUGUCGGUGUCGCAGCAGCUGCUGCUGCUGCUGCUGCGGCUGCUGCUGAUGGUGAUGAUGAUGUUCAGAAGUGUCAGGCGGACGAUGGUCGUGACGAGAACGAUAGUGAUAGUGAUGCCGGUUGUGAUAAAGGUGACACUUGGCUAAUUCUGUUUUUGCUGCUGAUUGCUUUCGCGCCCUGGCAGCUGUGUCGCACUCCGGUGUAUCUUCGCGAGCUUUCUGCUUGCAAUCUCAGAGAGGAGACCUUGGCAACGCAAUCCGAGUGUAGCUUUCAAGGCACCUUCCGGGCAAUGGCAGGAGAGGCCGCAACGAUGCUGCUCACCCUCUCCCACUUGCCCAUGACGUCCUGCGAUUCAUCACUCGGGAUUGAGAAGAGGCCCGACAGCCUCGAUUCCUCUUCCAGCGACAGUGAAGGAAUCUACCUCCCCGCAGACAGUGGUCGGGGCUCCACUCCGCUCGACUGGAAAGCAUGGGCAGCGCUGAAAAAGGUUUUGGGAGCAUCCGCCUGGCACUUCGGUGGAGAGGCCGCAAUGAUGCAGCGCUGCCAAGACGACUCCUUGGACAUCCUCUCCCACUUACCUGUGAAGUCCUGCGAUACAUCUCUCGGGAUGCAGAAGAGGCCCGAAAGCCUCGAUACCUCUGCCAGCGACAUUGAAGGAAUCUACAUCCCGGCGAACAGCGAUCAAGCCUCCAUGCUUCUGGACUGGAAAGCAUGGGGCACAGCGCUGGAAAAG